AUGCACAAUCUCCUCUACGCCAUGCCCGCUUCCUCUUCUCCAUCUUCCUUCUCAAAACCCUCCAAAUCUUCUGCCUUCCCAAACCCUACUGCAUCGCAGACUUCCCUCUCUUCCUCGUCAUCCGUUCUUCUCUGCAAGCACUCUCCAUCGGCGACUCUCGACCUCCUAAUCCUGAUCCUAGUCCUCUUCGCCGGCACUUUCCUCAUCACAUCUUACUUCUCCUACAUCUUCAACUCCGUCUCCCUCCUCCUAUCCCAUUCGUCAAUCCAGGUCUCAAUCCAGCUCCCGCCGGCGUCCUACGUCUGUGGGUUCCUCGCCUUUUUCCUUUUCUCGGUCCUCUUCCUCGAGUUCUGCUGCGGGCCGAGAUCUCGAAAGUGCGACAGGCCGCGAUGCAAAGGGCUGAAGAAGGCGAUGGAGUUCGAUUUGCAGCUGCAGACCGAGGAUUGUGUGAAAUCCAAUGGCGCCAAGGAGAUCGAUAAGUUGCCGUGGAAAGGUGGGAAUGAGAGGAACCCGGAUUAUGAGUGCUUGAGGGCUGAGCUCAGGAAGAUGGCUCCCCCUAAUGGCAGGGCAGUUUUGCUCUUCAGGGCUAGGUGUGGAUGCCCCGUCGCUAAAUUGGAAGGCUGGGGACCUAAGCGAGGCCGGCGGCAUAAAAAGUGA